AUGGGUGAAGCUCGGAGGGUUGACAACGUUCAGGAAUCAGUUCUCUGCUUUAAUCUUGUGGGUAACAAUGAAAAAACCAAGACCACAGAACUUACCACGUGUGAGUCAGCACUAUCUAAGGGAUUCUCAUGCCAAGGCAAGUUCACAAAAGAAGUCUCAAAGGACUCCCAGUCAGUACAAACUCCUGAUCAAAUUGGUUCCUCGGGGAAAGAGCCCCAGAGCCAGCUGCUUCCUGGGAAAAUCAGCCUUGGAUGCGAUAGCUUCGGGACAGCUGAAGACAUGUGUUCAAGGGUUAGACAGAAGCACGUCUCUUCAGGAAAUGUCAUCCGUAGUUGUGAGCAUGAGUCGGAUAAGGACCCUGUAAUUCAGGAGGAGGAAAGUGUCUUCAAAUGUCAUCAUUGUGGCAAAGUAUUCAGCAAGAAGCGCCUGCUUGCUUGGCAUGAGAAGAGUCACUCUGGAGUGAAGCCCUAUGAGUGUACCGAGUGUGGGAAGGCCUUCAGCAAGAGCACAUACCUUCUUCAGCAUCAGAUGGUUCAUAGCGGGGAGAAGCCUUAUAAGUGCGUGGACAUCCACACUGGGGAGAGGCCCUAUGAGUGUGCCGAGUGCGGGAAGGCCUUCAACCGUAGGUCAGGACUCACUAGGCACCAGAGGAUUCAUAGUGGGGAGAAACUCUAUGAAUGCAUCGAGUGUGGGAAAACCUUUUGUUGGAGCACAAACCUCAUCCGACACGACACGCUGUCAUCCACUCGGCAGAGAAGCCCUAUGAAUGCAGUGACUGUGGGAAGGCCUUCAGCCGCAGCUCCUCCCUCGCUCACCAUCGAAGGAUGCACAGUGAGAGAAACCCUGCCGGUGAAGCACAUGAGGAAAGGCCCUUCACAAGUGGGCAGACUUCUGUCAACAUCCAAGAACUUCUAUUGGGAAAUGGCUUUUUUAAUGCGACCACUGAGGAAAAUCUUUUCCAGACAGAAGCAUCUUACAUAG